AUGGCUGGCAGCUCGGGCACGACACGGGCGGAUGCGACGAAUGGACCAUUGCGGACCUCAUCGCUAGAUUCUGCUGUAUCCAACAUAUCCUCCAAAGGUUCACAAGAUGCUGCCGCAGGCACAACUGAUAUCGCAGGGCUUAUCAAGACUGCCGGAAGCCCAGAAGCAGUGAUUCAAUAUCUCUUGAAGGAAAAGCACAGUCAAUCACAACAAAACGCCCAAUUAUGGCGGCUGGUCGACAAGCAGAGGGCCAUGAUCCUUGGCCUGAACAAGGACCUCGAGCGGGCCUUGAAGGAUAAGGAAAAGUACCGGAAAAAGAUGAAAGAGCUCAUGACUGCACACGAGGGCCCCCCAAAGAUCGACACCCAGCAAACUCCUGCAGCUAUUCCGCGAGUCGAAGUCGGCGCGUUUUCAGACGCAGCCGAGGUGCCUACUUCACCAUCUAAUCUAGACUCAGACAGUGUCAAGAAUUCGCCAAUUGACAUGACCAUGGCGCCGUAUCCGAUCACACCACCGGCAGAACAAAUGUCGAACGCGCCGGCUUCGGCAGUUGGGGACCUCCUUGACCCGUCGCAUAGCAUGCCUAUAGCAUCGGAACAUGCUCUGGACAAAUUCGAUCAUGAGGAAGAGGAUCGUGUUGCGUCUGAGGCGACCAGGGCAGCCCAAGCUGCAGAAGAUGCUCGAAACUUACCCAUGCCAUCAGCGUUGCCUCCAACACGAAGCCUUCCCAGUAUACCACCGAGUGGCCCUCCACCGAGCGGGUCGCCACCCAAGCCGCCAGUCUCACCCAAGGAGUUGACUCCGCUGCUUGAGAACAUAUCCCAGUUCCCCCCGCCGUCUGCUCCUCCACCUCGCAAACCACCGCCAGCUCCCUUACAGUUACGGAAAGAGACCAAAGUCUCAGCUAUCGCACCUGUUGAAGAGGACGAUUCUGACUCUGACUAUGAUUCACUUUUGGAUGUAGACGAGUUGCCACUUCCCCCGGAAAAGCGUGGGCGCCGCCGAACUAGAGAGGAAGAUGAUUUUGAACGGGAAAAGCUCGCCCAGCUUGAGGCCGAAAGGCGUAGCCUAUCCAAGAAAAGCAAGCAGGGCAGCCAAAAGGGUACCCCGAAGACUGCUGAAUUUGAGCCCCCUCAAAACCCGGUGCCAGCCAGCCCUCGUUCGGCGGGCUCGCAGCCAACGCUCCUGCGCGAUCACGUUCCGGCAUCGCUUGCCGGGGUUCUGAGUGGAACUGCCCAGGCCUCGCCCAGCGCACCAUUGAUGAGUCCAGGGUUGCCUGCAAGUCCGCGCCCGGUCAAUAUGAAAUCAAUGACUUCGCCACCACUCUCGCCUCGCGGAGUCCCAAUGUCAGCUGGUCCGCUUUCUCCUCGUGCUCCUAGACAGCCGAUUGCUCUCCCCCCAAACACGCCACUAUCCAGCCCACCAGCAAAUGAGCCUUCCGGAUUGACGUCCCCAAAGCCACUGAAUAUCUCCAAAAACUCAGGAGUCCCCGGACAUCAAAGUCCUACAGGAAGUCGUGAAAGUGGUAGUGAGCGGAGUCAAGUCUACAAGGGAUUCAUCACCGAAGAGCACCCCGACUUACUUCUCCCGCCGAACGCCUUGCCAUCUAUAGACGUCAAGGUAGCGUCAUCGCGGAUGAAGCCAUCCAGAGCCAGUUUGAUAUCGCUGACUCAGUUGGAAGAGGAUCCCGUCUUCACCCUGGCUAUUUUCUCUCGCGCACAAGGCGUAGAACUCUGGAGAGUUGAGAAAGAUAUUGCUUCCUUGGCCAAACUGGAUCAAAAACUCAAGCAAUGCCCUGCUUUCACUGCCAGGACUCCCGAUCGGUCACUGUUCAGUGGACACGCUCCUGCCAAGCUCGAUGCCCGGCGAGUAGCUCUGAAUCAAUACCUGGAUGAGCUGCUCAACACACCUCUGGACAUGACCACUGCUCUUGAGCUCUGCAAAUACCUAUCGCUGAAUACUCUGCCCCCGAAUGCCGACGAAACUGGCUCACCGGUCGAGAGCGGCAGCGAGGCAAGCUCUCAAAAGACCAGUAUUGGUGGUCGUCCUCUCAAGAGUGGUUACCUGACAAAAAGGGGCAAGAAUUUUGGUGGUUGGAAAGCACGCUUCUUUGUUCUUGAUGGACCUCUUCUGAAAUACUUUGAAACCCCCGGCGGCGCACAUCUGGGUACAAUCAAGUUGCAGAAUGCUCAAAUUGGCAAGCAAUCACAGCACAAUAGCGAUGGUUCACCGGCGGCGCCUGCCAACAGUGGAGAGCUGGAGAACCAGUACCGACAUGCUUUCCUGGUCCUUGAGCCGAAAAAGAAGGAUUCUUCUAGUCACGUCAAGCACGUGCUUUGCGCCGAAAGUGACCAUGAGAGAGACCAAUGGGUUGAAACUCUGCUUAGGUGGAUUGACUAUAAAGACCCGGAAGAUGAGGAUUCGAAACGUGAGAAAGACCGCCAAGGAUCAAGCAAUGCCUCUCAUGCAAGUGGCGCAAACUCGAAAAAGAAGAUGCAGGGUCAGGCCGCCAAGGGCCACAACGCUCGCAGUGCUAGUCAAGACGGCCUGAUCGGCAUCAGCUACGAGGGGACCAAGCAGGGUGAUGCUCCUGACGGAGCGCCGCCACGCCGACGGAACACAGAUACGCCAGAUUCACAACAAGCGGUUCCGUCUUCGUACACGAUUUCCGCACCUCGUGAUCCCCAAGUCAUUUCCGAUACAGCAAUGUGGGGUGCAAAGGCGGCUCUCACUCCGCAGGGUCCUACGCUGGAGGAGAAGAAGGCGCGCAAGCGUAGCUUCUUCGGCUUUGGGCCCAAGACACGUUCUUCCACUGACGAUCAGGAUUCUCUCUUCAGCUCUUCGAGCCAAUCGGCCCAGGGCAAUGAAUACCGUGGCCCGACUCGUCAAGUCUUUGGCGCGCCUCUUGCCGAAGCAGUGCGUUUCAAUGGUCCAACAGACAUUAAUGUGCCACUGCCAGCAGUUGUCUACCGCUGCAUCCAAUAUCUGGAUGCGAAGAAUGCAGUGUUUGAAGAAGGUAUUUUCCGACUCAGUGGCUCAAAUGUUGUCAUCAAAGCACUCCGUGAGAGGUUCAAUGUCGAGAGCGACAUCAACCUGCUCACUGAUGAGACGUACUAUGACAUUCAUGCCGUCGCAUCACUAUUAAAGCUUUAUCUGAGAGAACUGCCGACGACCAUCCUCACGAGAGAUUUACACCUCCAAUUCCUGGCUGUCACAGAAAUGUCUGGCCAGAAAGAGAAGAUUGCUGCGUUGGCAGAUCUGGUUCAAUACCUACCCGCGGCAAACGGGACCCUUCUGCGCUACCUGAUCUCAUUCUUGAUCAAGAUCAUCAACAAUGCAGACGUCAACAAGAUGACCGUGAGAAAUGUCGGAAUUGUGUUUUCGCCAACUUUGAACAUUCCGGCUCCAGUGUUUGCACUUCUUUUGCAGAAUUAUGAAGGCGUGUUCGGAAUAGCGCCCGAAGAAUACGAGUUGCUGUCACCUAUUCCAAGCCCGGACGGCGAUGCCAGACUUCCAGAACCCCAGAUGCGAAGGCCAUCUUCUCGAACAGACGCAACAGCAUCGCCACAGCGGCAGCGAUUGGUGGAACAGUCUCAGCAGCAUCAUCGACUUUCGCCAACUCCGCCACCUGCUACAAUGUCAAGUGGGGGACGUAUACCGUCAGGUCCAUCACGCCAGAUGGGUUACGAGCCUCAAUAUAUGACGCAGCAAUCAAACGGAUCGAACGUUUCCCUGCGCCCGCCCUACGAUACUGGAUAUGCGCCAACGGGCAACUAUGACACCAACUCCACGCAUCUUACUCCUAAUGCUCAGCCUGGAUAUGAUCGGCCACACUACGGGGCCUCGUAUGAGCAGGAUUACUCAGACUAUGACCAGUCGCAUACUACUCGCGCAAAGAGGAGAGAGAGCUCCAUGUUCAUGAUGAAUUUGAACCCGCAAGGUUCAAAAAGCCGCCUUCGCGAAUAG